UUCCUGCCAUGCAGUAGAGCAGAGUCAGUGUCGGCUCUCUGCUAUAUGGGUUUCUGCUGUACAUGCUAUUCAAUGCCGGAUCUGCUAUACAGUUCUGUGCAGUGUCGGCUCCGCCAUGCGUCUGAGGGAGAAUCGUCUGAGGCAUGAUGGUGUUUAGGAUGACCAAGUUGUGGCUGAAGGAGGACAGCGAUUGGUGUGAGGGAGGAGGCGGGACGCCAUUUAGCCUGAGGGAGGACGGAGUUGCGGCUGAUGACUGAAGGCGAUUAGUCCGAGGGAGGAGGCAGGACCCCUGACGGAGUUCUCUAUGAGAAAUCACCUUAAAGACUCAUGGAGCCGAUACGCUUUAAACCGCCCCUGUACGAACAGCGAUAUGAAUUUGUGAAAUCUUACAUCGAUACUCACAAACCCAAAAAGGUUGCAGAUUUGGGAUGCAGUGAAUGUUCUCUUCUCCAUAAGCUGAAGUUUCGGAGCUGCAUCCAGGAGCUUGUCGGUGUGGACAUUGAUGAGGACAUAUUGAAAAGAAAAGGGUAUACCUUAACUCCUCUCCCAGUCCAUUACCUGGAUCCACUGGAAAGACCCUUGACUGUAACUUUGUACCAUGGAUCUGUGUGUGAGAAGGAUCCCGCUCUGCUCGGAUUGGACCUGAUAACUUGCAUUGAGCUGAUCGAACAUCUAGUAACUGAGGACCUUGAGAAGUUCCAGGACGCGCUCUUUGGUUUUAUGGCUCCUGACGCUGUAUUGAUCAGUACUCCGAAUGUAGAGUUUAAUGUCUUACUUUCUGACAAUUCACGCUUCAGACACCCAGACCACAAGUUUGAAUGGAACAGGAAAGAGUUUCAGACCUGGGCCAUGAAUAUGUCCAGGACGUACAAUUACACGGUAGAGUUUACUGGAGUUGGAGAAGCCGGACCAGAAAGUCAAGAUGUUGGUUACUGCUCCCAAAUUGGAAUAUUCACCAAGAACUACAUGGAGACUGAGGAAUCCAUAAGUAACAAGAAGAAGUACAAAGGUGUUUACAGGAGCGUUCUUCAUGUGGUAUAUCCAAGUAUUCAAGAUGAAAGGUAUCUCCGUAAAGUAGUCCUGACCGCCGCUCUGUCCCAUGCAGAAUGUAUCAAAGCCAACUUCUUGCGUAAUCUCUUCCCUGAAGAAGAUGGGGACCAGACCAAUAUGGCGGACAAUAAGGACAAACCACCCGUUUUGUCAAAGUGGCUUCCUAGUCUCCAGACUGCAACGGAAAGCAAUACCAGACCUCCAUUUCUGGAAGGAGAUGCUAUUCAUGUACCCAUCGAAACUCUCUUUGCCAUUCCAAGGGUGAAGGAACUUUGUGGAAGUCUUGAUGUCCUCCGAAAUAUGAUGAAUGGAGAAAUUACGCUGAGUGCGGAUGGUAGCGCCAUUGUAUAUCCUCUACAUGUAGAGAAUGAUUUGGAUUCUGAUAUGAGCAAUGGCUGAUUUAGAUUUAAAGGGGUGCUCCGGUGGGAAAACAAUUUGAAAGUUAAAAACAGAUUUGUAAAUUACUUCUAUUUAAAAAUCUUAAUCCUUCCAGUACAUAUCAGCUGCUGUAUACUCAAGAGGAAGUUCUUUUCUUUUUGGUUUCCGGGACUGGGGACGUGACGUCACGCCAU